AUUUUUCUCCGAAACUGUAAGCUUGUAUUGAAAGCUAGCUUUACUUGAAUUUCUAAAAAUUCGCGGGAACUUGAUAAACAAAAGUAUGGGAGACAGGCAGAGCGAUGAACUCCCUCCUCACAGUUCAGGUUCACCAAAGUCGUCUUUUAAUGCGGAUGAACCGCCCAUGGUUUUCCAGUGUGCUCAGUGUAACGUCAUAGUUGGAGAUUCUGCGUCAUGGGUUUGCGUAGAUGACAUAUCUAGGACAAUCACACUCAGAAACCUAACAAAUGCAGUGAUGCAGGAUGAAGAAAUGAAAACAGCUAACACAGGAUUUGAUGCAGGAAGCACCUACUAUAUGAUGUCGUGUGCCACAUGUCAGGAGGAAAUUGGGCGGAAGUAUAAGGGGGCCGUCAAUCAUUUGGACCCUGCUCGAGGACUCUAUACUCUGUUUGUUGACAAACUGUCCAGCUACCAGAUUGGAAGUUAUGGCAAGGAAAUAACUGAAACUGUAGAUAUGUCUGACAUUCUGAGUAUGGCAAAAGUCCGGGACAUGAAUAUCCAGUUAUCAAGGUUUGGUGCCAUGAUGCAAGAGGUCAGUGACCGACUUUAUGCUUUGGAGCAGAGGUACCAGCCUCAGGGUGGAGAUGAUAACAUGAGUGUGAAGAGUGUGGCCUACCCCAGCAGCAGCUGGACCAGUGUCCCUUCACAGUUCAUUUCUCCAUCCCACCAUUCCAGACUCUCCUUCACCAACCACCAACUGCCAGAUACACAAAACCAUAAAAAUGAGCCUAUGUUCAAGACACCACCAGUCAGACAUGCCUUGCAGCAUCAGGGUUUCAAUGAGAGUUACACAGAGAGUGUACGAAGCACCUACUCCCACUUAGAACAGCUUCACAAGAAUGACAAACGGGAACAUCCACUGGAUAUUGAAUCAGCGGCGAGCUUCCAAAGUCACGCCAACAACUAUGCCCGAAACAUUCUCUGCAACAAGGCUAGGCAGCAGAGACGAAACUCGUUAAGUCUGGAAAACCAACAACACAGAGAAACCUUGCCCCAAAAUCAACGGAGAGGAUUAUCAACUCAAGUAUAUGAAGGAGAGAGAGAGUUCACUCCAAAAAGACGAAAUGAGGACACUAGAGAUACCAUGGACGAGGUCAAAACUAGCAAGUUGGUGCACACUGCACCUCGUGCAAACGUAAAGCGUAAAGAUGUCUCACCAUCAGGCCCUCUCCAGGCUAUGAUGAGCAGACGACAGAAGAGGAGAAUUUGAUUGAAAAGUUUUACACUCAUACUGAAGUGAAGGUUAAUAUAAUUGAUUGCAUCCAACUGGAUUUUUGUUUGUUUUGUUUUUAGCAGAUUCUGAUUGGAAAGAUAUACCAAUUAUUUUUAUAUGCCCAUCUUUAGACAAGAUGUCUUAUGCCACAGCGAUGUCUGUGCAUCUGUUCAAGGUUUUCUGUUUCUAUUUUAAUUUCUCUGUCACUUAUUAAGCUGAAACUUUCCUUGUAGCUUCUUUGUGGAUCACUCUAGAUUUAGUUGCAAUUUUGAUCAAUUUUAACCCCUCUUGCUGGAGGUUUGCCACUUUAUUUGAAAUUUUAUUUUACAGAGGGUUUGUAUGAGUAUUGAAGAUGUGCAAGUGGCAGGGAUUUUAAUUUUCUUCAAUUUCAUUGGGCUUUAGUCAUUUUUGAGGAAAUAUUAGUACAUCAAAACUUGUUUACAGCAAAGUGAUUUUCAUUCCCUGUACUUUUAAACAUAUUAUAAACUUAUUGGAUAUAAUGAAUUACAUUUAUAACGAAGUAAAAUUGUUCCCAGCACUUUAGUGUAAGCAUGAACAUAGUUUGUCUGUUUCACUUCUUGCACAAUUCUUAAGCAAUGGAUUUCUUAUUUUACAAGUGUUUGUAUGGGUAUUGAAAAUGUGCAUGCAGCAAGAAUUUUGUUUUUCUUCAAUUUCUGAGAGAAUAGCAGGUUAUUGAACUUAGUUUAAGGAAAUAUUACAAACUGGGUACAUGGUUUGUCCAUUUAACUCCUUUCUCAGUUCAAUGCUAAGGCUUUUAUAAAAUAUGUACACAUUGCAGAAGUUUUUUCUAAAUUCCUUUGAUAUUUGAAAAAAAACGGGUUGUAGAACUUGGUCAAUUUUGGGGAAAUAUUGUACACACAGGGCUCUUGGUUUGUCUAUCUACCUCCUGUCACAGUUUUUAAGCAAGUACCUUUCAUUUAUACAAUGCAAAAGAAAUUGUGUCACAACUUGAAGAUGGCUGGUACUUCCUACUGUAAAGGUCUACAGCUUCUGGCAUUUUUGCUAUGUUUGGUAAAUGAUGUCAGAGAAAAUAAACUUCUUAAUAAAAACAACCCACAUGAGCACUGUCAAGAGCAUUUGUGUUGUAAGAACACACCCUAUUUUAUAUUUGAUUUUAAAUUAAAUAUGGAGAACAGGACAAUUAUUAUAGAUUUUAUAGCCCAUGGGCUAGUGAUAUCUGUAAGUAACACUACGGUGACCGAUAAGGAUUUUGGGCCUCUUGGUGAAUGUAGAUAUAGCAAAAGAUUGUACAUACUCUGUAGUAUUCCCAAUAGAAGAGUUGUAAAAAAUAAGGAAAUGGCAUACGUCUGAAAAUAAUUCCCCAUGUCUUGAAUGCAGAAGUCAUUUUAAUUUUUAUGUCCCAAAACUCAGGAUUCAUAUUGUUUUGUUUCAAAUUUGUUUAGAACUCGAACCUUAGUCACCCAUAAUUAUAGAGUGGCUGGCCAUAGGUUUGCUUUCUUACAGAGUGCAAUCUGUACUGUUUUUACCAUUGAAAUUAAUUGUAUGUUAAAGACUUAUUAUUUUUUAGCUCACCUGAAGUGAGUUUUUCUGACAACUUUUUGUCCAGCGUCUGUUUAUCCGUCCAUCCAUAACCAUUAACAUUUUCAACUUCUUCAUCAGAACCACAAGGCUAAGUUUAGCCAAACUUGCCACAAAGCAUGCUUAGGUAAAGAGGAUUCGCAAUUGUUCAAAUGAAGUGCCACAUCCUCUUUGAAAUGAAGAUAAUUAAGAAUUGAUAAAAUUUAGUGGCAUUCUUUGAAAUAGGCCCUGUGGUUCUUCAGAACUUGGUACAAAUCAUCCCUGGGUAAAGGGGAUUCAAAUUUGUACACAUGAAGGGCCAUGCACUCUCCAAAGGGGAGAUAAUGAAGAAAAGGCAAAAAUAGGUUUGGGUUUAUUUAAAACCUUCUCAUGAACCACUGAACCUGAAAAGUUGAAAUUUACAUGAAAACUUCCUGACAUUGUGCAGAUUAAGUUGAUUCAAAUCAGUAUCCGUGGCUAGAUUGGGGACACAAUAGAGAUCAAAGUUCUAGAUGAAAAUAUAUUGGGAAGCAACUUUUAAAGAUCUCAAGAUAGUAGAUAAUAGUAGGGCUAUGACAUAAAAUAUGCAAGCAUCAUCAGGUAGUGCAUUUGGGGUAGAUUGGGGCCACAAUAGGAGAUGAAAGAAUUAUGUGGAAAUGGACAGGGAAAUAAAGAGAAAUUCUUUUCACGAUAAGCAGGACCACACUAAAGUUGUAAUGUCCAGUGACUGUAGUUUGAGCAUGGGUGAUGAUCACAACAGGCACACAUUGGUUUACAAGACAAAGAAUUAACUAGAUGUCAUGGAACUCCGAAAGGGAGUGUGUAAAAUGAAGUUUGUGAUUAAUACAUGUACAGUGUAUGUUUAUUAUGAUAGUGUGUUAUGUAUGUAUUGGUAUCAAAUGUUGAUUACAAAGCUUGCAAGGUGUUUUGGUAAGACCCAUGAACUUCAUGUCACAUAAAUGUUGAUUUUGGAAGAUAGAAUAACUAAUAAAUAAAUGGUCAAUUGUU